AUGUCCCAACAGAACGGUAUUGCUACUCUCCUCAAAGCUGAGAAGGAAGCCCACGAAAUCGUUUCCAGGGCAAGAAAAUACAGACAGGAUAAGUUGAAGAAGGCCAAGUCGGAUGCAGCCAGCGAGAUCGAGGCUUACAAGGCACAGAAGGACAGCGAACUGAAGGAACUCGAGAGUAAGAACGAGGUCGGGGUCGGAGCGCUGGAGAAGGAAGCGGAGUCUAAAGUGGAGGGAGAGCUGAAAGAGAUCGAGCAGAUCGUGUCGAAGAAGCAGAAGGACGUUGUGAAACUGUUAGUGGAAGCUGUUACGAAACCAGUGGCAGAGAAGCAUGUGAAUGCCAAUUAG